UCUGGAUUGGGCCUCGUGGUCCCCACGCCUCGUGGGCCGUGGGCCAGAUCAUAUAAGUAGGCUACACUCAGCUGUAGUGUAGGAGACUGAGAGGGCAGAUAGAGAAGGACUGUGUGCAGGAAACAUGGCUUCAUCGUUGUGGGGACUGGUCUGCUUAAUUGGCGCUCUGGCAUCGGGAACUCUGGGUAUUUCCCCACACACACAGCAGCGACAGCCGGACUCAGGUGGUCCUUUAACCCCACGAGUGUCCCCGCAAAUUCCCCCAAGGCUCUAUCAGCGCUUUGAAGAUGUCAGAUCUAUUGAACACACCUCUGACGAAGUACCAAGUGCUGGAAAGUUUUCAGGACUUUCAUCUGGAUGAUUUCUCUGUCAGAGGCUUCCAGCAGCAGCAGAGCGCGCGUCCAGGUGCCAACAACCACCUGACGGAGAGGCGCAGAGCGGACAGGGGAGCUGGUGACAGUAAUUCCAGGCUUCCUCGCUAUCAGCCUGCCCGUCAACCGCCACCAAAGAAAAUCAAGCUGCCCUCACAGCUGCAACACAAUGCUACACCAUUUGCACCCUGGCAGCCUGCUAAGGACACAGGUGGCUCUCCUGUCAUCCAUCAGAGCGAGCACAGCAUCAAGAUCCAACUGCAGAAAUCGUCCUAUAGACCUGGUCUUCAUCAUAGACAGCUCCCGCAGUGUUCGUCCUGCUGAGUUUGAGAAGGCCAAGGAGUUCCUGCAAGACAUGGUGGAUAGCCUGGAGAUCGGGUCCGACGCCACACGAGUAGGCCUCGUCAAUUAUGCCAGCACAGUGCAGAUCGAGUUUCUACUGAAGACGUAUUCUGCCAAGUCCGCCCUGAGGCAGGCACUGGCCCGUGUUGAGCCCCUCGCCUCAGGCACCAUGACGGGCAUGGCCAUUAAGACAGCUAUGGAGAAAGCAUUCACUGCUGAGGCAGGGGCCCGGACUAGUUCCAUGAACAUCGCAAAAGUGGCCAUCAUAGUGACGGACGGGAGGCCCCAGGACAAGGUGGAGGAUGUGGCGGCAGCAGCUCGUGCAUCUGGGAUUGAGAUCUACGCGGUUGGAGUAGACAGAGCUGAUAUGACGUCCCUCCGCCUCAUGGCCAGCCACCCACACGAUGACCAUGUCUUCUAUGUGGAGACCUAUGGUGUUAUAGAGAAGCUCACUUCCAAAUUUAGGGAAACCUUGUGCGGUAAGGAUGAUGAUAACGGGAGUGCGGAAAUUCCAGUAAAUGGUGGAAUUGAUGAUUAUGGAAAAGGCCUAGAUGGCAGGCAAGACGGUUAUGGAAUAAAUAAUGAAAAUGACGAAAAAGGAAACAAUGGUCUGGAUGCAUGUGCUCAGGGACACAAUUGCCAGCACAUUUGUGUCAACAAUGGCAACUCAUACAACUGCAAGUGUCGCUUGGGCUACGUCUUGAACCCGGACAAGAAAACAUGCUCACUUUCAGAUGCAUGUACCCAGGGACAUGACUGCCAACAUAUUUGUGUCAGCAACGGUGACUCAUACACCUGCAAGUGUCGAGUGGGAUAUGUGUUGAAUGCAGACGAGAAAACAUGCUCACGUUCUGAUCUAUGUACCCUUGGACAUGACUGCCAGCAUAUAUGUGUUAACAGUGAUGACUCGUACAUCUGCAAGUGUCGAGUGGGAUAUGUGUUGAAUGCUGACCAGAAAACAUGCUCACAUUUGGAUGCAUGUGUCCAGGGUCAUGGCUGCCAGCAUAUUUGUGUCACAAAUGGCAAUUCUUACCUCUGUAUGUGUGAGGAGGGAUAUAUGUUGAAUGCAGACGAGAAAACAUGCUCACGUUCACCUACAUGUCCCCAGGGCCAUGACUGUCAGCAUAUUUGUAUAAACACUGAUGAUUCUUACAUCUGCAAAUGUCAUUUGGGAUAUGUAUUGAAUGCUGAUGGGAAAACAUGCUCACGUUCUGAUCCAUGUGCUCAUGGACAUGAUUGUCAGCACAUUUGUGAAAACAAUGGGGACUCUUAUAUCUGCAAAUGCCGAGUGGGAUAUGUGUUAAAUGCAGACGAGAAAACAUGCUCACGUUCACCUACAUGUCCCCAGGGCCAUGACUGUCAGCAUAUUUGUAUAAACACAGAUGAUUCUUACAUCUGCAAAUGUCAUUUGGGAUAUGUAUUGAAUGCUGAUGGGAAAACAUGCUCACGUUCUGAUCCAUGUGCCCAUGGACAUGAUUGUCAGCACAUUUGUGAAAACAAUGAGGACACUUAUAUCUGCAAGUGUCGACUGGGAUAUGUGUUAAAUGCAGACCAAAAAACAUGCUCACGUUCACCUACAUGUGCCCAGGGACAUGACUGUCAGCAUAUUUGUGUCACAAGUGGUGAUUCCUACCUUUGCAAGUGUCGUGAGGGAUAUGUGUUGAAUGCAGACCUGAAAACAUGCUCACGUUCAGAUGCAUGUGCCCAGGGACAUGACUGCCAGCACAUUUGUGUCAGCAGUGACAACUCAUAUAUCUGCAGAUGUCGAGAGGGAUAUGUGUUGAAUGUAGAUCAGAAAACAUGCUCACGUUUGGAUACGUGUGACCAAGGACAUGACUGCCAGCACAUUUGUGUCAAAAAUCGUGAUUCUUAUCUUUGCAAAUGUCAUGAGGGAUAUGUGCUAAAUACAGACCAGAAAACAUGUUCACGUUCUGAUCCAUGUGCCCAUGGACAUGAUUGUCAGCACAUAUGUAUAAACAGAGAUAACUCAUACAUCUGCAAGUGUCAUGUGGGAUAUGUGUUGAACCCAGAUAAGAAAACAUGCUCACGUUCAGAUACAUGUGCCCGUGGACAUGACUGCCAACAUAUUUGUGUCAGCACUGAUGACUCAUACAUCUGCAAGUGUCGAAUUGGAUAUGUGUUGAAUGCUGAUGGGAAAACAUGCUCACGUUCAGAUCCAUGUGCCCAGGGACAUGACUGCCAACAUAUUUGUGUCAACAGUGAUGACUCGUAUAUCUGCAGAUGUCGAGUGGGAUAUGUAUUGAAUGCAGACCAGAAAACAUGCUCACGUCCAGGUUUGGAUGCAUGUGCCCAGGGACAUGACUGUCAGCACAUAUGUGUCAACAACAGAAACUCAUACAUCUGCAAAUGUCGAGUGGGAUAUGUCCUGAACAUGGAUAGGAAAACAUGCUCACAGGAACUGAGAAGUGAAAUAACCCAAGAUGCCUGCAUGUGUGAAGCUCAGAUUGUGUUCCAGAAAAAAGUACUGUUAACCAUUCAGGAGCUGAGCAGAAAACUUGAUGAACUUUCAGACAAAGUGAAUCUGAUUGAAGGUCGUCAACAGCAGUAUUAAGAACAGCAAUGCCAUCAGAAGACAUCUUAAGGACUAGCAAUGUAUCCACUUUUCUUGACAAGCGGAAGUCAUCUGUAACCCUCAAAAUAUCUUAAUGUUUCAUCUAAUACGUGUCUAAUAUUUGGUAGAGGUCUGCAUGGUUCUCAUGCAAUAUACUGGUAGCAUUAUGGUUUUAUAUUAUAAACCUGCAUUUUUGCAUUCAUAACACUGUUAUUACAUCUUACAGUAAAGUCAGGUAUAAGUGGUGUAAAUGUUUACAUAUACCUGUGUAUUUGUAAGAAAAAGUAACAUUUCCCCCUAACAGUGUAAGCCAUUGAGUUCAGCCACAUGCACUGUAAGAUAAUUUAGGGAAUUUAUAGAGAAGGUAGCAGUGUUAACUUCUUAAAAACAUUGUGUUGUACCAUAUCUUUGGUGUGUAUUCACUGCUUGGAGAGCAUUUCUUGGUCAGUGUUCUUGUGUUUUGUUCUUGGUAGAACACAAAGACUCCAUCCAUAACCAUAACACAACAACUAAUCUCUUAUGCAACAUUGUUGUUAUCCCUCUGAUUGCAGCAUGGUUACGCAGAGAAAGACCAAAAUAACACCUGAUCCAACUGGUCCCUGGUAGUGUUAAAUCACAGAAUUACUAUAAUCCCUCUCUUUUAAACUGUUCAACAACUUUAGUGCACAACAUUGACUGGUAAUUAUUGUUUGUAACAGACAGGUGUUUUUGGUGGAAUAGGGGAAAAAAUAGGGAGCUCAGACCGCUGCAGUACUUUGCACACAUGGCAAGUCAUGGACCAAAGUUUCUGGCAGCAGUCAGGGCAGGGCAUUAAAGUCAGGGCAUUAAAGUCAGGGCAGGGCCAUUAAAGACUAUUUUCAAUGCAAGUUUUGAAACUGGGAGAUUUUUAGUUUGUAAUCAGUUUAAGUAUUUCACUGUACAGUUAUUUUCUUCACACACUAUCCUUAUGUACUGUAUUUUCGAUUCAUAUCCGGGGAAUAUGAGUGAAUAAAGUAAAAGGAGAAUUGUAA